AUGGACACAUUACAAUUUCAAAUUUUGCUCUUAUGGAUGUGUGGCUGCAGAGCAGGCUGGGCGCAGCACAGUCUGCAGAACCCACAAAGAGAAGAUGCUGAAGUGCUGACUUCCUGUGACUUUAACCAGGACAGUCACCCAUUCUGCAGGUUCAUACAGGACACUGCAGACAAUAGUGACUGGACCCGACAUAAAGGUCGAACCCCAACAGAGGGAACCGGACCAAGCGGAGACUACCCUGAUGGAAAUGGAUUCUUCAUCUACCAUGAGUGUGACAAUGUUGCAAAUAUGCAGAAAGCUCGUCUGCUGAGCCCAGCCCUCUCAUCAUCGGCCUCUCAGAUCUGUGUCCAGUUUCGAUACUACAUGUACGGCUCAGAUGAUCAGAAUGUGUUAAGGGUUCUGGUCAAGAGGCUCAAUGCAGAGGAAGAGGUCUGGAAAAAGACCGGAAUCCAGAGUCCGUCUUGGCUGAAGAGCUCCAUCACUGUGUCCAAACCUGGUAGUCAGAGCGUCACUAUCGUGUUAGAAGCUCAGAGAGGCUUCUCCUCUUCCUGUGAUUCAGCUUUGGACAACAUUGUUAUUACUGAAGGAGCAUGUCCCUCUUGUGUUUCUGGCUGCGAUUUCGACUCUAUUGGUGACCUGUGUGGGUGGACAACACAAACUGAGAAUAAUGAUGUGUUUGGCUUUGAGCAGUGGCCUGGACCAACAGACACUCCUGGCACCGGACCUGAUGAUGACUUCUCCAAACCUGGAAUUGGUGCCUACAUGUUGAUGGAUUCUUCCGAGGCCAUCCCUCAAGUCAGUUCGCAGAUCAGAAGUCCUCUAUUGACCCCCUACUCAGGAUGUGUGGAACUCUUCUUCCACUACUACCUGUAUGGCACCAGCACCACCAUGCAGCUCACUGUCCACACCAUCACCGAAAAUGGAAACGUUGGACCAACUCUUUUUACCAGGACGGGCAACCAGGGUCAAGGCUGGAAGCCUGCAGAAGUCCAGUACCUGGGAACUGCUGCUAUUCAGUUUGUAAUUGUGGGUACCUUUGGAGAAACUCCUGAGACAGAUAUUGCCAUUGAUGCUGUGUGUAUCAUGGCCUGCAAAGGCCUAACUACACCAAAACCAACAACUCCUGGACCCACUACACCAAAACCAACAUCUCCAGGACUAACUACACCAAAACCAACAACUCCAGGUCCAACUACACCGAAAUCAACAACUCCCGGACCAACUACACCACAACCAACAACUCAAAGACCAACUACCCCAAAACCAACAACUCCAGGACCAACUACGCCGAAACCUACAACUCCAAGACCAACUACACAAAAACCAACAACUCAAGGACCAUCUACACCAAAACCAACAACUCCAGGACCAACUUCACUGAAACCAACAACUCCAGGACCAAGUACACCAAAACCAACAACUCCAGGACCAACUACGCCGAAACCUACAACUCCAAGACCAACUACACAAAAGCCAACAACUCCAGGACCAACUACACCAAAACCAACAACUCCAGGACCAACUACACCGAAACCAACAACUCCAGGACCAAGUACACCAAAACCAACAACUCCAGGACCAAGUACACCAAAACCAACAACUCCAGGACCAACUACACCGAAACCAACAACUCCAGGACCAAGUACACCAAAACCAACAACUCCAGGACCAACUACGCCGAAACCUACAACUCCAAGACCAACUACACAAAAACCAACAACUCCAGGACCAACUACACCAAAACCAACUACAAAGCCACCAAACCCAUGCCCACCUGAUGCAGAGUAUAUAGAAUGUGGCCCAUCUUGUAUCCCCACUUGUAUUGAGCCCUCCACCAACUGUUCUGGAUCCUGUAUCAGCGGCUGCUUCUGCAAACCAGGGUUUGUCUUCAAGGGGCGGCGCUGUGUGCCACUGGAGAAAUGUGGCUGUCUGGAUGACCAGAAUAACUACUAUGAGCCUGGCGAGAUCUUAUUUGGAGAUGACUGCUCAAAGCUGUGUCGCUGUGCAGGAAACUAUACUUUACAGUGUGUUGAUAACUCCUGUGACCCAACUGAAGAGUGUCGCAACAUUGAUGGUGUUGGAAGCUGCUAUCCCAAAGCUACAUCCACAUGCAUUGCAUCUGGUGAUCCCCACUACACCACAUUUGACAAACGCAGGUACAACUUCAUGGGCAACUGCAGCUAUCUGAUGUCUAAACCCUGCAACAAAACAGCUCUGCCAUACUUUGAGGUCCAUGCUGACAAUGAAAAUCGCUAUAACUCACCCACCAUCUCCUAUAUAAAGGCCGUACAUGUAUAUGUGUACAUGGUGAAGAUCUCCAUUCUCAAAGGGGGCACUGUGCAGGUGAAUGGGACCAAUGUAAAUCUGCCGGUGACUCUGGCCCCUGGUGUGUCUGUGUUCAAGUCAGGAAAGCAUUACACUGUGUCCUUAAACUUUGGUGUGACCGUUCGCUAUGAUGGAAAUCACUUCAUGGACAUCAAAGUGAUCAAAGACUUUCAGAAUAAACUGUGUGGACUGUGUGGAGAUUAUAAUGGAGAUGCCAAAGAUGACUUCCGUAAGCCAAAUGGAUCAUUGACCAACAAUGUCAAUUCCUUUGGACACAGCUGGAACAUUGACCCAAAGUGUAAUACGAAACCCAACACCACCAUUCCAGGGUGUGAUGAAGAGCAGGAGCAAUAUGAGAGCUCUACAUACUGUGGCAUCCUGCUGGACAAAGACGGUCCUUUUGCUGUAUGCCACCCCAGAGUCAUCCCCAAUAAUUAUUUUAAAGACUGUAUCUUUGACCUGUGUGAGCUGGAUGGAGCCAAGCCCAUUCUGUGUGAAGCAAUUGAAGCCUACAUCAAUGAAUGCCAGGACCGGGGAGUCAACAUUGGACCCUGGAGGAAUGAAACCUUUUGCCCCCUGAGUUGCCCCCCCAACAGCCACUAUGAGCCCUGUGCAGACCCCUGUCAGGAGACGUGCACUGGGAAGCCUCCUUCCUGUGACGGGCCCUGCUCUGAAGCCUGUGUGUGUGAUCCUGGCUAUGUCCUGAGUGCCGGAAAAUGUGUCAAAAAUAGUGCAUGUGGCUGCCAAUACACCAACGACCAGUAUUAUGAGCCUGGAGAGGAGUUUUAUGAGCAGGACUGUAAGCUGAAGUGUAGGUGUGAUGCUCAAAAUGUUACCUGUGUGACCUCUGAAUGCCCCCCAAUGAAUGAGUGUAAACUCCAAGAUGGCGAGUUGGGCUGCUAUCCCACUGGCUCUCAGGAUUGUGUAGUCUCUGGAGAUCCUCAUUACAACACAUUUGACAAGAAGUUCUUCAGCUUUAUGGGAACAUGUACCUACACAUUGGCGAGAACAUGCAAGAACAAGACAGGUCCUUGGUUCUCAGUGGAGGGGAAGAAUGAGGCGAGAGGAGUGUCAAGUGUGUCGUACCUGAGGAAACUCUAUGUCACUGUGAAUGGAAUUACUGUGACACUGAUGAAGGCCAGAAAGACGCUGGUAAAUGGAGUGCGGGUGGCCCUCCCUCACUCCCCCUCCCCUCUCAUGACUAUCAGCCUUGCUGGUCAGUACAUCACCCUGCAGACACCCUUUGGUCUUCGGGUGCGUUGGGAUGGAAACCAUUACGCCCAGAUCUCAGUUCCCAGCUCCUACAAUGCCCAGAUGUGUGGUCUCUGUGGUGACUACGAUGACAACCCAGGCAAUGACUUCACCAAACCAGAUGGCACUCUGGUAGGAAACGCCAAUGACUUCGGGAACAGCUGGCAGACUGAAGAGGAUGAGGAUGAAUCGUGUGUUCCAGGUACUAAACCUGACCCAGACUGUGAUCCAGAACUACAGGCUGAGGUGGUGAAACCAGACAAAUGUGGCAAAAUUAAAGACCCUGCUGGACCCUUUAGGGAGUGUAUCAGUGUGGUGAAUCCCACUCCAUUCUUCCAGAGCUGUGUGUAUGACAUGUGUCAGUUCAAUGGUCAGCAGCAUGUGUUGUGUGACCAGCUCCAAGCCUACACUGAUGCCUGCCAGAACGCCGGUGCCAAAGUCCACCCGUGGAGGACUCCAGCCUUCUGCCCCCUGGACUGUCCCCCCAACAGCUCCUACUCUCUGUGUGCCAGUUCGUGUCCAGAGACGUGUCUGGGUGUGGUUGGACCUCCGGGCUGUGAGGAUGUGUGUGUCGAGGGCUGCCAGUGUAAACCAGGCUUUAUCCUCAGCAAUGACAAGUGUGUGGCACUGAAAGACUGUGGCUGUGUGGACACCAGCGGGACCUAUCACCCUGUGGAUGAUGACUGGUACGUAGAGGGUUGUGGGCAGAAGUGUGAAUGUCAAAGUGGAGGUUUCAUCCAGUGUUACAACAGCAGCUGUAAACCAACAACUGAGAGCUGCCAGCUACAAGAUGGAGAAUAUAAAUGCCACCCUCAGGGAUUUGGCAUCUGCUCAGUAUCUGGAGAUCCUCACUACAUCACAUUUGACAAAUUCACCCACAAUUAUAUGGGAGCCUGCUCCUACACCUUGACCAAACCCUGCAACAUCUCCUCCGACUUGCCGUACUUCACUGUGGACACCCAGAAUGAGCACAGAGGAAGUAAUAAGAGGGUCUCCUACGUCAGGGCUGUGGUCAUCAAUGUGAAUGGUGUGACUAUCAUCCUCGGCAAGGGUCGCAAAGUCCAGGUCAACGGCACAGUGGUUGUCCCACCUGUCAGCUCUAUCAGUGGUGUUCAAAUCUUUCUGAGUGGAAAGUUUGUUGUUCUGGAGACAGACUUUGGCCUGAGGGUGCGUUUCGAUGGAAACCACCACGCUGAUGUCACUGUGCCAAACGCCUACAAUGGCCUGCUCUGUGGCAUGUGCGGAAAUUUCAAUAAAAAUCCAAAGGAUGACAACUUGAAACCAGACAAUAAACCGGCUGCUAACACCAAUGAAUUGGGAGACAGCUGGCAAGUUCCUGACCUGCGGCCUGACUGCACUAAUGGAGGAGAACAUGAAGACUGUGAUAAAGAAAUAGAGGAGGAGGCCAAGAAGCCCACCAGCUGUGGCAUGAUCACUGAUCCAAAUGGUAUCUUCAAGCCUUGCCACUCUGUUGUGCCCCCGGGUCCAUACUUUGAGAACUGUGUGUAUGACUUGUGUGCGACUGGAGGUCAGACCGUGGCUCUGUGCCAGUCCGUAGAGAGCUACGCUGAUAUGUGUGCUGCUGCAGGAGUCCCCAUCGCGUGGAGAAACCGAACCUUCUGUCCUCUCAAGUGCCCCCCAAACAGUCAAUACACCCCAUGUGGCCCUGCCUGUCCCCAGCCCAGCUGCCAGGACCCUGCAGGCCCCGGUGUCUUCUGCAACCAGCCCUGUGUGGAGGGAUGCAGCUGUAACAAAGAUUUUGUCCUCAGUGGAGACAAAUGUGUCCCACUCAGUGAGUGUGGAUGUACUGAUGAAGAGGGAAGGUACAAGCCGACGGGAGACACUUGGUUCACAGAGACGGACUGCUCAGAGCGCUGCAAGUGUAAUAGCAACAACAACAUCACCUGCGAGCCGUGGCAGUGCAGCCCUGCACAGGAGUGUAAAGUGAUGGAGGGAGUACUCGACUGUCACUCCACUGGUAAAGGAGUGUGUCAAGUGUCUGGAGACCCUCACUACUACACCUUUGACGGUGUGAUGCACACAUUCAUGGGCACUUGCACUUACACCCUGGUGGAGGUCUGUAACACCACCAACGUCACUCCCUUUAAAAUAGUAGCUAAGAAUGAGGAGCGUGGUCAGCCGGACGCCUCCUAUGUCCGCUCUGUCAAAGUCUAUCUGCCGCAUGAUACUGUGAUUGAACUGCAGAAGAGCCGCAGAGUUCUGCUGAACGGACGUCGGGUACGCACCCCAGUGGCCACUAACAUGGCCAAGGUGAUAAGCAGUGGGUCCUACAAUCUGCUGGACACAGACUUUGGUCUACAGGUGAAGUUUGAUGGAGUCCAUCACCUGGAGAUAAGUGUUCCCGGAGAAUACUUCAACAAGCUUUGUGGCAUGUGUGGAAACUACAACCACAAUUCCACUGAUGAAAACCUGAUGCCCAACAAGAAGCCCAGCAAAGAUGUGAUUGAACUCGGCAACAGCUGGAAAUCAGAUGGAGACAGUGAUCCUGGCUGUCAGCCAGACACUCGUCCAGACAUCCACCCCAACUGCACUGCAGAUGAAGAGAAACGUUUCGAGAGUCAGUGUGCUGAGGUCAUCCUCUCUAAUGUCUUCAAGCCCUGCCAUUCUCUGGUGCCCCCUGAAGCGUUUCUGGGUAACUGCAUCUAUGACAUGUGUGAGUACGACGGCAUGCAGGCAAUGCUCUGUGACAACGUGCAGGCAUACGCUCAGGCCUGUCAGAGUGCUGGAGUCACCAUCAGCUGGAGGAACAAUACCUUCUGUCCCCUGCCUUGCCCUCCCAACAGCCACUACUCAGAUUGUACUGCCCCAUGCCCACCAACCUGCUCUGACCUCUUCCCCAUCGUCUGCCACCUGCCUCCAACCACCUGUGUUGAAGGCUGCCAGUGUGACGCCGGAUAUGUGCUCAGUGACAACAAGUGUGUCCCUCUGGACAGAUGCGGCUGUCUGGACUCAGAUGGAGACUACCAUGAUAUGGGAGACUCGUGGCUUACAGAGAAAUGUGCUGACUCAUGCAUCUGUAACCCUGGUGGCAGCAUCACCUGUAAGGCCCACAGCUGUAACUCCAACUCAGUGUGCGCCCUGGAUAAAUAUGGAGACCUAUCCUGCAAACCCAGCAGUUUCAAGAAGUGUAGCAUCGCUGGGGAUCCUCACUACCGCACAUUUGAUGGUUUCACCCAUCACUUCCAGGGCCCCUACACCUACAUCCUGACUCAGGACCACAACCGCCACUCCUCUCUGUCGCCCCUGGUGGUAAGGGGGAAGAACAUCAGACGUGGGGGCAACAGGAGGGUGACAUUCCUGGAUCAGAUGUACAUUGAUGUUGACGGUGUCAAUAUUCGCUUCCUGCAGAAGAAUAUCAUCUUGGUGAACGGGGAGCGUGUCGUGCCUCCUUUCAGUCCAGUUGAUGGUUUGACUAUCACAAGGAACUCCAGGCAGGUCCAGCUUACCACUGUCUUUGGCCUUACAGUACGCUUUGAUGGCAAAAUUCGCGGAGAGGUCAUACUGCCCAGCACCUACAAGAACUCUGUCAGAGGCUUAUGUGGAAACUUCGAUGGCAGCACCAGAAAUGAGUACAUGAAGCCAGAUGGGACGGUGAUCAGGAGCCUGAAUGCGUUCGGAGACAGCUGGAGAGUCAGUGACCGACAGGCUGAUGGACUAAGGACAUACGAUCUUCCUCACACAGUCCAUGUCCAUAGGCGAGAGAUUGAGACUGACCCAGACUCGGGAUUUGAGACAUCAGACUGCUCUCAGUCUCAGAUCAAUGAUUACAACAGUGUGACUCAGUGUGGAGCACUGUCUAAUUCCAACGGACCGUUUGCUGCCUGCCAUGCCACCCUGUCACCCAAAUCCUUCCAGGAUGACUGUGUGUUCGACCUGUGUGCCGAGCAAGGUAGCACAGCGCUGCGUUGUGCCAGUUAUGAGGCGUAUGCUGCAGUUUGUCAGGAAGCAGGUAUCAAACUGGGAUCCUGGAGGCAGCAGCUGGACUGUGUUCUCUCAUGUGGUGCCAACAGCACCUACUCCACCUGUAUGUCACCUUGCCCACCCUCCUGCGCCGACCUGGCAGCCCCUUCUGAGUGUGACACCACUUCCUGUGUGGAGGGGUGCCAGUGUGCCAGGGGCUUCGUCAUGAGUGAGGGAAUCUGUGUGCCAUACUCAGAGUGUGGCUGCACCUUCCUCAACAGAUACUACCCUCUGAAGGAGACAUUUGUGACUGAGGAUUGUUCUCAGGUCUGUGAAUGCACCAGCACUGGUGCCGUGUGCCGGUCCAAGACCUGCCAGGACAGUUACGUCUGCACCAUCUAUGACUUCAAACGUGACUGCUACAGAGCGAGUCCCUGUCUCAGUUACCCCUGUCUGAAUGGAGGAACAUGUGAAGCAGGAAGCAACAACACCUACACCUGUCAGUGUGCAGAAAGCUUCGAGGGCUCCAACUGUGAGGUGGAGAAAACACAGACAGGAGGACUGGAAACCAAGGAGAUAAUCCUGAUUGCGGUUCUGGUCUCAGUCGCUAUGAUUAUCAUCGUGGUCACCAUUGCGUGUGUUUGUAUAUGCCAAGCCAAGUGA